UCCUGCAGAUCGUGAAGGAGUCUCAGCAGCAGCACGGUUUACGACAUGGAGACUUCCAGAGGUAUAGAGGUUACUGCUCCCGUAGGCUGAGGCGGCUCCGGAAAACUCUCAACUUCAAGAUGGGAAACAGGCACAAGUUCACUGGGAAGAAAGUAACUGAAGAGAUUCUCUCAGACAACAGGUAUUUGCUGUUGAUACUGAUGGAUGCAGAGAGAGCCUGGAGUUAUGCCAUGCAGCUGAAACAGGAAGCAAACACGGAGCCCCGCAAGCGGUUCCACUUGCUGUCUCGCCUGCGCAAAGCUGUGAAACAUGCUGAGGAGCUGGAGAGACUCUGUGAAAGUAACCGAGUGGAUGCCAAGACAAAGCUGGAAGCUCAGGCAUACAUGGCUUAUCUCACAGGGAUGCUUCGUUUUGAACACCAGGAGUGGAAGGCAGCAAUGGAGGCUUUCAACAAAUGCAAGACCAUAUAUGAGAAACUGGCCAAUGCUUUCACAGAGGAGCAAGCUGUGCUGUACAACCAGCGUGUGGAAGAGAUCUCGCCAAACAUUCGCUACUGUGCCUAUAACAUUGGUGACCAGUCUGCCAUGAAUGAGUUAAUGCAGAUGAGACUGAGGUCUGGUGGCACAGAAGGCCUUCUUGCUGAAAAACUGGAGGCAUUGAUUACCCAGACUCGAGCAAAGCAGGCAGCCACGAUGAGCGAGGUGGAGUGGAGAGGAAGAACUGUCCCAGUGAAGAUAGACAAAGUGAGGAUCUUCUUGCUGGGGCUGGCUGACAACGAAGCAGCAAUUGCUCAGGCAGAAAAUGAGGAGACAAAGGAGCGUUUGUUUGAGUCUUUACUCAGUGAAUGUAGAGAUGCCAUCCAGGCUGUCCGGGAAGAGCUGAAACCAGACCAGAAGCAGCGGGAACACUCUCUGGAAAAUGAUUCUGGGAAGGUGUCCAACAUCCAGUACUUACACAGUUAUUUGACUUACAUCAAGCUGUCAACAGCCAUCAGGCGCAACGAGAGCAUGGCGAAGUCUCUGCAGAAGGCCCUGCUGCAGCAGCAGCGAUCAGAAGAGGAUGGCAAACGCAUACCACGGCCUCAGGACUUGAUCAGGCUUUAUGAUAUCAUUCUGCAGAACCUCGUGGAACUAACACAGCUUCCUGGCCUAGAAGAGGACAAGAACUUCCAAAAAGAGAUUGGGUUGAAGACACUUGUGUACAAGGCUUACAGGUGUUUCUUCAUUGCCCAGUCCUAUGUCCUGGUGAAGAAAUGGAGUGAAGCUCUUGUUUUGUAUGAAAGAGUGCUGAAAUAUGCCCGUGAAGUUCAGUCAGGAGCUGGAGCUUACACGAACAGCUUGAAGGAGCUGCCUGAUGUUCAGGAUCUGAUCACUCAAGUCAAUGCAGAAAAGUACUCCCUGCAAGCAUCAGCUAUAUUGGAUGCAAAUGAUACUCAUGAGACUGAGUCUCCAUCACAAGUCAAGGAUGGCAAGCCUCUCUCAGAACGGUUUGAGACUUUCUGUCUGGAUCCUUCUCUUGUCAGCAAGCAAGUCAGCCUCGUGCACUUCCCUCCAGGCUUCCAGCCCAUUCCAUGCAAACCCUUGUUCUUUGACCUGGCCCUUAAUCACGUUGCUUUCCCACCUCUGGAGGACAAGGUGGAGCAGAAGGCCAAGAGUGGCCUUACUGGAUAUAUAAAGGGCAUCUUUGGAUUCAAAAGUUAACCAGGACCCCCUGAGGAUCAGAGGUUUUAUCCUGUAUUGAAGGAAAAGCUCCAAGAGGUUCUAAGGAUACAACUGUCUGCAUCUGAAACCAACAAAGGGAAGUUUUACCAUCUUCUUCCCUGUGUUCUGUGUCUAUGUCUGUGCACUUACAUUCUCUCCCAGUGUGUUAAAGGCAAAACAAUCUCUUACAUGAACACUAUCAAUAGCUGAAAAUAAUCUGAAGCACAGAGAAAUUCCAUCCUGCUUGGAGAAGCUGGAGCUUGCUUUGUGUCUGGUCAGGGCCAGUACACAUCUACUUACCAUGGACCAGGGCAUAGGUACAAUUGAUUCCUCCCUCUGCCCCAUUAUUUGACA